AUGUCGACUUCUCCGAUCGAGGUUGCUGAAGAAGCUCUCGAAAACCAUCUCGAGAACUUGAAAAUCGUCGAUGAAAAUAACGGAGACAAUAAGACCGAGGAUGAGCCCAAGAAGCGAAAGGUAAAAACCUGUCAUCAAAAAAGUAUGGAAUUUGAUGUUUAGUAUGUUUCUCGUGAAGAGCGAGCUCGUAUGUGGUUGGAAGAGCUCAAGGACAAGAAAGUCUUGGAAACGGGCUUGAAAGGCAAAGUUAAGUGGUACUCCGUUCUCGGACGCUACGGCUUCAUCGCUCGUGACGACGAAGAAAAGGACGUCUUUGUUCACCAAAGUGCGAUUUCCAAGUCGCUCACGAACAAGCUUUACCUCCGAACUCUGGCUAAUGAAGAAGAGGUGGAAUUCGACAUCGUUGAAGGAAAGAAAGGUCCUGAAGCGGCAAACGUGUCCGGUCCAGGAGGAGAUGUAGUCAAGGGCUCUAAGUGAGUUUUUGAUCGGAGUUUUCUUAAUUCAUUCAACCUAUCUCAGAUACCGCAGAAUUCUGCUUUCUCAGUACCAGAAAAGACGAAGAAGCAGUAAGGAACACGAAGGCGAAGUUGAGCAGCCACUGAGCGACGAACAAGGGGAGAAGUCGGCUGGCGAAGAAAAGCAAGCUGAUGGCCCCAUUAAACGUCGCCGAAACAACAAGAAUCGCCGCCAACACCGGGUAAUUCUAAAAGAAAUCUUUUUCAGUACUAUAUUAUUAGACACGAGUCAAGGUUGAGCUUAAAAUAGGUCUUGCUUCAAUUCAAAAAAAAAAGUAUCAAAAAGAGAAUCCGCUUACUUUAAAGAGAGAUAAGGCUUACUUUCGCAGGUGAUAAGACUGACAUUUUUCAGAACCGCCGAAACAAGAAGAACAACUCCGAAGCUAUUGCCGAAUCUGAAGAAAAAAGCUCUGAGGUUUGAGAAGUAUGGGGAUCUCGAAUUUCCUGUGUUUCUGUCGCAGGAAGACGUUUCUGCCUCUGAGCAGAACAAAGAAGCUCAGCCAGCUACACGUCGCAGCGCAGAAGGAGAGGAUGGCUCCAACAAGGAGCAGACCGGAAUUCCUGAUCGCUGCGAGUCUGCUAUGAGCGUCGAUGCGUCUCUUGGCGCGCAGUCUAUCGAAGGGCAGAUCUAA